AUGUCGCUUGCACACACAGCUGCAGAGUACAUGCUCUCAGAUGCCCUGCUGCCCGACCGCAGGGGCCCCCGCCUCAAAGGACUGCGCCUGGAACUGCCCCUGGACCGCAUGGUCAAGUUCAUAGCCGUGGGCUUCCCCUUGUUGCUGAUGUCGCUGGCAUUUGCCCAGGAGUUCUCCUCUGGAACUGGGGAAGGAGAGCCCCUCACUCAGCACCCUGUCUGCAAGGUUGCAAGGUUGCAAGGUCUGGGCGCCCUGGGCCUCCCUCCUCAGCUCGCUCUCACCCUGCAGGCCCUCCCCUACUCCCUGCUGGCCCUGGCCGUGGCCAUGUGCCUGCCGGUUCUGCUGGGGCAGUAUGCGGCCGUGCCGGCCCUCAGCUCAGACCUGCUGUUCAUCAUCAGUGGGCUGGACAGACCCUACGGUCGCGCCGUCCGCCUGGUGCAGCACAUGCUGAAGAUCCGGCGGGGGUCGGACCCGCACGCAUUCUGGGUUGAGCUGGAGAAGGCUCGGAAAGAACGAUACUUUGAAUUCCCCUUGCUCGAGCGGUACCUGGCCUGUAAGCAGCGCUCACACUCACUAGUGGCCGCCUACCUCCUGAGGAACUCCCUCUUGCUCUUCUUCACCUCAGCCACCUACCUAUACCUUGGCCACUUCCACCUGGAUGUCUUCUUCCAAGAGGAAUUCAGCUGUCCCAUCAAGACAGGGCUGCUACAUGAUGAGACCCACAUCCCCGAUCUGAUCACGUGCAGGCUGACCUCUCUGUCCGUCUUCCAGAUUGUUAGUCUCUCCAGUGUAGCAAUAUACACCCUGUUGGUUCCAGUGGUAAUAUACAACCACAUGCGGCUGUGUCGGUGGGACAGACGGCUCCUAUCCAUCUAUGAGAUGCUCCCGGCUUUUGCCCUCCUCAGCAGAAAGAUGCUGGGAUGUCCCAUCAAUGAUCUCAGUGUGAUCCUUCUUUUCCUCUGAGCCAACGUCUCUGAGCUCAUCUCUUUUAGCUGGUUGAGUGUCCUUUGUGCACUGAAGGACACAACCACCCAGAAGCACAACACUGACACAGUGGUUGAUUUCAUGACGUUAUUGGCUGGCUUAGAACCCUCAAAACCUAAACAUCUCACCCACGGGAUGUGUGAUGAAAAUCCGUAG